AUGCUUCUGAGGGGUUCAUCAACUGAAAGUUACGAUGACUACGUCGUAGAACUGUCACGCGCCGUAGGCAGCUCUGUCGAUUCAAGCAGAGUCUCCAGACUAGCCAAGAAAAUGAGACCUAUCCACGUUCUCGUCAAGUCUCUACAUCCCUUGAUGGCAGGUGCAGGCCAGGUCAACCCGAUGCCUACGUCUCUGAUACUCGGUGGAAUCACUUUCAUUGUAUCUUUCAGCAACAGGGUGGAAGAAUACCAGAAUAAGCUGGUUGAAAUGCUCGAGUGGAUGGGCGACGAGAUUGACAUCAUCAACAAGUACAGGGAAGAGGACCUGACGGGGAACGAUCCUGACAUCAAAGCUUGUGAGAUUAUUCUUGCUACUGACAUCCUCAAGACCUGCAUCAAAGUCGUCAAAACCUUUUACGAUGAACGCGGCAGAGAGAAAAAUGGUUUCAUCUUGGCAAUGAAAGCACAAUGCCAGGAUUUUGGUUCGAAAUUUGGAGACAUCAGUGCUCAGUUCAAACUGCAUUUGGGUGCUCUGGAGAAGCGCAGAAGAAUUGUCAACGCUCGAGGCAUCAAAUCUCUCACGGCUGGGGUCGGUAACAUCGAAAGAGUACUCGGCGGAAAGCUGAAAGACUCUCUGGAAGCUCUUCCUCUACCCGAAAAAGAAGCCAAGAACAAAGAAAAUGAUGAAAGUCGCCGAAGAUUCCUCGCCUGGCUUCCCUACGUCAACUUCGGGGAUAUCCAUGAGAAUCAUUUUGAGAGGAGAAUUCCUACUUCUGGCGACUGGCUCCUCCGCAAUGAGAAGUACCGACUCUGGAAGGAGAGCGCCAACUCGGACUUACUCUGGAUACACGGCAAACCAGGUUCAGGGAAAUCGCAUCUGGCAGCCCGAGUGAUCAGCGAAUUGGCUACGCCAAUAGCGACACAAGUGACAUCCGCCAUGGCGUACGCUUACUGCACUUCUAAUCAAACAAAGACCAGACUGACGUACAAUAAUCUGCUGGGCACGAUCCUGGGACAAUUGUAUGAGAAGCUAUCUGCGUCUGAAGGGAUACCCACUUUGACGAGACAAGCAGACGCAGGAAGCAAAGCAGAACUCUCUCGGAGUGAACUAAAAGAAGGCAUUAACCUUGUACUCAACCGCCUGCGCUCCGCGUUCCUCGUAGUAGAUGGCUUGGAUGAGUGUAGCCACUUUGAAGAUCGCCAAUUUGCCGACUUUUGCAACUUUCUCGCCAGCCUAGCCGACUCGAAAGACUCGGAUCUAUGCACCAAGAUACUAAUUUUUAGCCGUCCAGACUACACUGCCAUCAGGUCUGCUAUUGCCCACUUUCCCACAAUUCGUAUCGACAUGGGGGCAAAUGACGAAGACAUCAAGGCCUAUAUUUCAUCCAAAGUCGAAGAGAUCAACAGUGAUCCAUCGCCCGAUGAACGAGAAGGCUUUGAAGACAUCAAGAAGAUGAUGUUCAACAACGCCAGCGGGCUUUUCCUGUGGGUUCAUUUCAAGUCAAGGCACUUCAGAGAGAUUGGAAGCGUAGAGGAUAUUUUGGAAACUCUUGGGGACAAAACGGAAGGACUCGACGAGCUCUACGGCGAAGAGCUCAAAAAGAUACUCAACAAUCGUUCAAGCCACAGCAUGUAUCUCGGCUCUAUGGACAGUACCCGCUGCUCGAAUAUGCCGUCCUAUCUUGGGGCGAUCACUUCCACGAAGCCAAAGGGCACCACGUUCCUCACCUAA